AUGUACUUCGACGGCACCCUCAACCUCGAUGGCGCUGGGGCAGGCAUCCUCUUCAUCUCUCCGAGAGGUGAGCAACUAAAAUACGUCUUGCAGCUACUCUUCAAGGCCACCAACAAUGUGGCCGAGUACGAGGCCCUCAUCCACAGUCUCAGGAUUGCGGCCUCACUCGGCAUCAAGAGGCUAUUUGCGUAUGGCAACUCCAAAGUCGUCAUCCAGCAAGUCAACAAGGAUUGGGACUGCACCCAGGAGAAAAUGGACGCCUACUGCAAAGAGAUCCGCAAGCUCGAGGCCCACUUCUACGGCCUGGAAUUUCAUCACGUCCUCCGAGACUACAACGUGGCAGCCGAUGUACUCUCCAAGCUGGGCUCCAAGCGGGCACUCGUCCCGGCUGGCAUCUUCGUGCAGGCUCUCAACUCCCCCACUGUCAAGAUCGAGGAGGAACCUCCUACCAAACCCGACCUAGAGCCAGCCCUAGGCCAGGAGGUACUGGUCGCCGAUCCAGAUUGGCGAGCCUCGAUACUCGACUUCAUCAUCAACAAUAAGUCCUACCCAAAGGACAAGGAGCACGAGCGACUCGCCCGCCGAGCCGCAAGCUAUGUUGUCAUCGGAACCGAGUUGUUAAGGCACUCGGCCUCUUCAGGAACCCUCUCCAAGUGCAUCUCCUAG